AUGGCCAAACCAUCGGCCUCAUCUCCGUCCGCUGCGUCGCCAUCCCCUGCGCUCAAGCGAACAACUCCCAGCACCCAGAACAUGCGAAGCCAGAAGUCAAUCCUUGGUUUCUUCCAAAAGUCCUCACCAGCGACUCCCUCGAAUAAUCGAACGCGAGAACCGGCCUCGUCUCCCGCACAGAGAGCCUCCGAGAAGCGUAGUGAGAGCGCUGUCAAGCCCACACCCAAGGAACAGAAGCGAAGCUUCUCAAGCUUUGCCCAGGAUCUGAGUCCAGUACCGAGCAGCGAUCUUCCAGUACCAGAGGACGAACAGGAAAAUGGUAGUGCUUUUAAGACCACCAAGGAGGCACAACAGGACUCCACCAUGUCGCCUUCGCGUCGGGGGAAAAAGCAGGUCAGCUACAGGGAGUCUGACUCUGAGGGCGAGGAUGACGACGAGGUUAUCUUCCGUCCUAACCGCAAGGACCGUGUCUCUGGCCGUGCUACGAAGAGAAGACGAACCGAGCCGGAAAGCGAAGACGAGUUCAAUGAGGCAGGAGAUGGAGGAUAUUCGGAUGAUGAAAUGGACGAUUUCGUCGUUGCAGACGACUCCGAUGAAGAGAUAGCCGCAUCUGCCAACAAGCGGAAAAGACCAUCCACACAAUCAGCACGCAAGCCUACCUCCAAAUCUUCCUCCGUCCAUGCUCCUCCCCCACCCGCCGAUGACAUUGAUCUUGAUGUCCCAGAGGGAGAAGGUUCAGCUGGAACAGCGAAGAGGUGGGCCUUUGAUCCGGAGAACACAGAACCUCGGAAAGAAAGAGCUGCUGUGGCGUCUACCAAGGCAGCAUCCAGCUCGAAAAAGGAAAAGGCCCACAUCAAGGAGCCUGAGCAGCGCUAUUCAUGGCUUGCUAUUCUCAAGGACAUCGACGGCAACCCUAAAGGCCACCCUGACUACGAUCCCCGAACUGUCUACAUCCCUCCGCUCGCAUGGUCCAGAUUCUCGCCUUUCGAGAAACAAUAUUGGGAGAUCAAGCAGAAAUUCUUCGAUACUGUCGUUUUCUUCAAGAAGGGCAAGUUCUAUGAGCUCUACGAGAACGAUGCCACCAUUGGUCACCAACUUUUUGAUCUCAAGCUCACGGACAGAGUGAAUAUGCGCAUGGUCGGUGUUCCCGAGAUGAGUUUAGAUCACUGGGCGAACCAGUUCGUGGCCAAGGGCUUCAAGAUUGCCCGUGUGGACCAGUCUGAAUCCGCGUUGGGUAAAGAAAUGCGCGAGAGAGAGGGCAAGAAGCCCACCAAAGAAGAUAAGAUCAUCAAGCGAGAGCUUGCGUGUGUCCUUACUGCGGGUACACUGGUCGAGGGUUCCAUGCUUCAAGAUGAUAUGUCCACGUACUGUGUUGCGAUCAAGGAAGCGAUUGUGGACGAGCAUCCCGCAUUCGGUAUCGCAUUUGUCGACACUGCUACCGGUCAAUUCUUCUUGUCUGAGUUUGUGGAUGAUGUUGAUAUGACCAAGUUCGAGACUUUUGUCGCGCAGACCCGUCCUCGGGAGUUGUUACUGGAGAAAUCUUGUGUUUCCCAAAAGGCCAUGCGCAUUCUCAAAAAUAACACCGGACCCACCACUAUCUGGAAUUUCAUGAAACCUGGUAAGGAGUUCUGGGAAUCUGAUAUCACAAUUCGGGAGCUUGAGGCAAGUGAGUAUUUCGUCUCCGUGGACGACGAUAAUCUCACAGCCUGGCCCGAGACCCUGCGUCAAGCCCGCGAGAAGGAGUUACUGAUGUGUGCAUUCGGUGCUCUGGUUCAGUAUCUGCGAAUGCUGAAGAUUGAGCGGGACUUGAUCACCAUUGGCAACUUCACAUGGUACGAUCCUAUCAAGAAGGCUACAAGUCUUGUUCUAGAUGGCCAGACCCUGAUCAACAUGGAGAUCUUCGCCAAUUCCUUCGAUGGCGGGUCUGAGGGCACUCUCUUCCAGUUGCUCAACCGAUGCAUCACGCCCUUCGGCAAGCGCAUGUUCAAGCAGUGGGUAUGCCACCCAUUAAUUGAUUCAAAGAAAAUCAACGCAAGAUUGGAUGCAGUUGAUUCACUCAACGCCGAUCCCAGUGCUCGGGACCAGUUCUCCUCCCAGUUAACAAAGAUGCCGGAUCUCGAACGACUGAUCUCUCGUAUCCACGCUGGCAACUGCAAGGCUCAAGACUUUGUACGUGUCUUGGAAGGAUUCGAGCAGAUCGAUUAUAUCAUGGGUCUCCUCAAAGAAAGCGACACUGGCUCAGGCGAAAGCAUUAUUGGUCAAUUGACAACCGCAAUGCCCGAUCUUGCUUCCCUGUUGGGAUACUGGAAGACCGCAUUCGAUCGUCCAAAGGCAAAGGAGAAUGGGAUUCUUGUUCCGGAGUCCGGUGUCGAAGAAGACUUCGAUAACUCCCAGGAGAUCAUUGAGCAACUCCACCGGGACCUCGACACCAUGCUAAAGAAAGCUCGCCGGGAUUUGGGGUCGUCUGCUAUCUGCUACCGGGAUAACGGCAAGGAAAUCUACCAACUCGAAGUUCCAAUCAAGGUGAAGAACAUUCCCAAGGAUUGGAACCAGAUGUCUGCGACCAAGCAGGUCAAGCGAUACUACUUCCCCGAGCUCCGAAGCCUCAUUCGCAAAUUGCAAGAGACCCAAGAAACCCACAACCAAAUCGUUAAGGAGGUUGCUGGACGGUUCCAUGCCCGGUUCGAUGAGCAUUACAACACGUGGCUAGCUGCUGUUAGGAUUGUAUCGCAGCUCGACUGCCUCAUCAGUUUGGCUAAGGCUUCCGGGGCUAUCGGCCAUCCUAGUUGCCGACCAGUGUUUGUAGACGACGAACGAAGUGUCCUCGAGUUUGAAGAGCUCCGUCACCCUUGUCUUCUUUCCUCUGUUGAGGACUUUAUUCCGAACGAUAUCCAGCUCGGUGGUAAUCAUGCUAGCAUUGAUUUGCUGACCGGUGCUAAUGCUGCCGGAAAGUCUACUGUUCUCCGAAUGACCUGCGUUGCUGUCAUUAUGGCUCAAAUCGGUUGCUACCUUCCCUGUCAGUCAGCCCGACUGACCCCAGUCGACCGGAUCAUGUCUCGGCUCGGUGCGAACGACAACAUCUUCGCCGCCCAGUCAACAUUCUUUGUCGAGCUGUCCGAAACAAAGAAGAUUCUUUCCGAGGCUACUCCACGCUCACUCGUCAUCCUUGACGAACUCGGUCGCGGAACUAGCUCUUAUGACGGUGUCGCCGUGGCCCAGGCCGUACUUCACCACAUCGCUACCCACAUCGGAGCCCUGGGCUUCUUUGCCACCCACUACCACUCGCUUGCUGCCGAGUUCGAAAACCAUCCAGAGAUCGCACCCAGGCGCAUGGCCAUCCAUGUCGACGAUGUCGAGCGCCGUGUGACAUUCUUGUACAAGCUUGAGAAGGGCGUUGCGGAAGGCAGUUUCGGUAUGCACUGUGCAUCCAUGUGCGGGAUUCCAAGCAAGGUCAUUGAAUGUGCGGAGAAUGCUGCCAAACAGUGGGAGCAUACCAGCCGGCUUAAGGAGAGUCUGGAGCGUCGUAAGGGCGGUGGUUUCGUCGGCCUGGGCUGGUGGAGUGAUGUGGCCUGGGCCCUGCGCGAGUCUGUCACAGAGGAAGACUCGAAUGCAGGUGAUGUCUCUGAUCGCGGCUUGGAUGUCUUGAUGAAGGCAAUUGAGGCGCUUUAG